AUGCGAUACAGCAAAGAGGAAGAAGAAAAACUGAUUAAAGAGGUGAUAAAAAGAUGGGAUCAGCUUUAUGGCACGAAAAGUCGCUUCCUCCCGUGGGGACGGAAGACCAGCACGUGGAGCGAAAUCGCGGCACAGCUGGGGGAAACCUCGAAAGGAGCCAGAGCUGGCGAGGACGUGCGGAAGAAGUGGCUCUAUAUGAAGCGGGUCUUCUUGGAGAAAGUCGAAGCUCAGAGGUCCUCUCACUCUGACUCUGGACCGCAGCUCACGCCGCUGGAGCAGAGGCUGCUGUCUCUGCUCAGGCAACCCCCCGUGCAGCCCUGCAAUGUGCCUGAUAUCGGUGCCCCCAGAAUGGACAUGAGCAAGUCAGAGACGGACGUCUUCAGUUCUCCUGGCCGCCAUUCCAUGGGAUUUUUUUCUGGUUACCCGGGAGAUACAGACAUCUCCAGUUCCCGUAAAAUGGCGAGAAGCUACUCCGGUUUCCCCCUGGCCGCUGAUGAGAUGUCCUGCGCCGCCCUGCUGGAAAACCAGACGGGGGACCCUGAGGUUUCCGCCGGUGACAGAAGAGAGGACGACCCGGACGACGAGCGCUCGGGUCAGGCCGCCGCGCCCGCGUCCCGGAACCUGGGCCGCCAGCACGCCGACGACGGCGCUCCCGCCAUGGCCGCCAUCGUCAACAGGCAGCGGCUGUGCGUGUCCCUGCAGGCAGAGGCCGUCAAGGUGCUGAGGCGCCCGGCGCGAAUCCGAGUGCGCCCGCCUCUGCGUCGCCUGGCAACGACGCUCCCCCCCCGCCCCCCGGACUCCCCCGCCUCGGGCCCGGCUUCCGUCCCGGUCCAGCUGGCCCUGCUGCACGACGACGUCCUGCGCGAGCGCUUCCAUUUCGACCGCAGCACCAUCGCCUACCUGUGCGCGGUCCUCAAGCCGCACAUAUCCAACAAGUGGAUGCGGGCGGAGGGGACGGUCUGCACUGCCCUGGCGUUCUACGCCACCGGCGCCUUCCGGUCCCCGAUGGGGGACUCCUUCGACGUGGACCAGACGGUGGCGAGGAGCAUCGUGGAGCUCGUGUCGGACGCGCUGGUGGCCGUCUCCGACCGCUUCAUUAGGUUCCCCGCCUCCGCCGCGCAGAAGCGGGUGCAGCAGGACUUCCUGGGCGUCGCCGGGUUCCCGGGCGUGGUCGGGGCGCUCGGCUGCACCCACGUCGCCAUCAGGCGCCCGGAGGUGAACCCCAACCUCUACGCCAACCGCAGGCAGUUCUACUCCAUGAACCUGCAGAUCACCGCCACAGCCGACUGCAGGAUCAGCAGCGCCGUGGCCCGCUUCCCCGGGUCCUUCAGCUGCUCCCACGUCCUGCAGCACAGCCCGCUGGAGGCCUUCUGCAGCAGGGGCCACCUCGGCCAGGGACACCUCAUCGCUCACUCCGGCUACCCCCUGAACCAGUGGCUGCUGCCCCCCCUCCCGAACGCGCACACCAAGGCGGACGUGCGCUACAACGAGGCGCUGCGGCGGACCCACGCGGUGGCGGGCAGGACCGUCCGGCUCCUGAAGGCGCGCUUCCCCUGCCUGGACCGCUCCGUGCUGCCCCUGCAGCACUCGCCCAGAAGCAGCGCCCGCAUCAUCCUGGCGUGCUGCGUGCUGCACAACGUGGCCGUCAUGCGCGACGUGAAGCUGCCGGGACGGGGCUCCGGGGCGCUGGCCGAGCUCCCCGCCGCGCUGGAGGACUUCAACUGCGAGAGCGACGAGGAGGAGGAGGAGGAGGCGCUGUCCGACAGCGAGGAGAUCGUGCAGCUCAGAGUCACGGCGGGCCAGGAGAAACAGGCCCUCACCAUCCAGCAGUUUUUCACAUGAGCUCGAAAAACAUACGCCGAUCAGCCACGACGUUAAAACCACCUGCCUAAUAUUGUGUAGGUCCCCCUCGUGCCGCCAAAAACAGCUCUGACCCGUCGAGGCAUGGACUCCACCUCUGAAGGUGUCCUCUG